AUGGGUCAGAACAGGCUCCAACUUGGAAAAAAUGGCAUGAAUGACAAAGACAGCAAUGAGAGCAUCACCAGCAAUCGCUGUAACUUUAAUUUGCAGCAGCAGCAGUGGCAGGGCCUAGCAGCAUCAGCCAGGCCUCAGCGGAAUUGGGCACGAGCCAGCGGGAGGAAUUCAGACCGACAGGGACACCAGGAGAAGUUCUUUGCUGUGUUUCUCUCAAGCUUAGCCGCCGGCAAGCCGCUCCCGCUGCUGCUUGCUGCGCUCUGCCUCGCCGCCUCCCAGGCGCCCGCGCGAGCCUGCCAGCUGCAGUCGGAGUGGAGACCCCUGAGCGAAGGCUGCCGCGCCGAGCUGGCCGAGACCAUCGUGUAUGCCAAGGUGCUGGCGCUGCACCCCGAGGUGCCCAGCCUCUACAACUACCUGCCGUGGCAGUACCAAGCUGGAGAGGGAGGGCUCUUCUACUCCGCAGAGGUGGAGAUGCUGUGUGACCAGGCGUGGGGCAGUAUGCUGGAGGUGCCCGCCAGCUCCAGGCUCAACUUUACCAGUCUGGGCUACUUCUCCUGCCACUCCCACAGGGUGGUCCAGGACUACUCCUAUUUCUUCUUUGUAAGGAUGGAUGAAAAUUACAAUCUCUUGCCGCACGGAGUCAAUUUCCAAGAUGCCAUCCUUCCAGACACACAGGAGAACAGAAGGAUGUUUUCCAGCCUUUUCCAGUUUGCUAACUGUUCCCAAGGUCAGCAGCUGACGACUUUCUCUAGUGACUGGGAGAUCCAGGAAGACAACAGGGAUAGCUUUACACCACUUACACUGGCUCGAAUGAAAAAUGACAACCUGGCAAAACUUUUAGAAGACCAGAAAGAAAAGAUAAAGGAACUUGAUGAAUUAGAAAGGUCUUCAAAGAAAACUUCCAAUGAAAAAGAAGAGGUCAAAGAACAAGGAAAUCAUAUGCUUGACCUUAAGGAACUAAUAUCAUGUGAGGGAAACUCAAAGGACUGUGAGCAGUACAGUUGUGACACUAUUUUGCAUUUUAUUGAAGAGCUCAUGAGGCAGAGAAAAGAUAUAAAUUCUGAGAUCCUAGUGAAAAUCUGGGGGGCAGUUUAUACAUAUAAAAGAUCAAUAGACUUUGAAAAACAUAACUGUGAACUAAUUGAAGAAGAUUGUGAACGUAUAAGUAAUGAAAUUAUUGCACUGCGAGAGGAGUGGUCUCAACUAGAGAUUGAAAAUGCUGAACUGCAAGAUGAGCUAUGCAGUUUGAGGGCCACCCUUGAAAGUUUAGAAUUAAAUGAUGCAGCAAGCCUCCAAGCAGAGGAGAAUGAAGAGCUUUCAAGAACCCCGGUUCAAGAAGAACAGUUUAAGUUGUACCUGUCACUGACACAGAGUUUGCAUGAAAUGAGAAGGAGAAAUAGGGAACUAGAAGAAGAAAUAGACAGGUAUAUGGAUCUGUGCACAAUGAUGGAGGAGGACUCAGAUGCACAUCAAAAUGGAGAGUUUUCAUGUUAUAAUGCUUCAAGUACAAGUCACUGCGAAGAGGAUACGGUACUGAAACUAAGAGAGAAGCUUGAAAGUAUGGAAACAAAACUACAACAAGAAUUAAUCCGCUGCCAAUGCAAGGAAGAUGAAAAUAAUCUUUUGGAGCAGAAAAUAGCAGAAAGGAAAGCAGCCCGGGAGAACCGUGAAGCGGAAGAGGGUAGAAUAAAGCAGCUUGAAGAGAAAAUACUCAGCCUCAAAGCCGAUAUGGACAAGAACAUGGUAGAGCGAAGUGAGGUAGAAAAUCAUAAGAAAGCCAUUGAAGAGCAAGCUAGGAGUCAACUCAUGGAAAAAAUAAACCAAGAGAACCAAGUCUUACGGGAACUAGCUGCCUCUGAGCAACAGAAAGAUCAGGAAAGACACGAUUACAUCAUGCUACUGGAUCAUAGAUAUAAGGAAAUUGAACUUGAGAUUGUGGAAACAAAAUCUCGUGCAAUUUCUGUGAAAGCACAACGGAGAACAUUUGAAGAAAAAUAUAGAGCAGAAUUGCAACUUGGAGAACGAUUGAAAUAUGAACUUGAAAAUAUUUACAGCAGUAUUGUGGAGUUACAGAACACCAAGUCCAGGCUUACCUCUGAGAGAAGGAUGAACAGGCUGUCACACAUCCACACUCACCACAGAUCUGUCUCAGAGGGAACCAGUGACAGCAGUCUUCAGAAUAUCUUUGGGUUCAACAGCAUAGGGGCCACGAUUUAAGUCCACAUUCAAGAAGGAGAGCUUGGUGGGAUAGCUUAAUAAGCUCCACUCCUGAGUUACCCUACCUUCUCUGAGAUCAAGUAUUAAAAAUGUUCUACAGUUUCAUCAAAGGUUUGCACUGUCACAGUUUUCAGACAUAUCAAAAGAGAGCAUCGGAUCUCCAUUUCAGGUGGUGGUGAGCCAGUCCCUGGUUUCUGGCAACUGAACUCAGGACCUCUGGAAGAAGAGUGAGUGCUCUUAACUGGUGACUCAUUUCUCCAGCACUCUUCUUCAUGUUAAACAAGGAACUUUGUUGACUAAUUCAGAAUGUUGUGUGGAGGUGAGAGGAUGAUAUUGUCUCCAGGUAUCCUAUCUACAGCUUACCUCACGCAAUUCAGCACAGGGCUGGGGACAAGCAAAUCUGGAAGUCAUGGGUUCACAAGUGUAGCCACACCCCAUCCUUGUCUCACAGCAGAGUUUUCAAGGGGAAGAAAAGGAAGACCUCCAGUUGCCUUGCAGAGAGAGAGAUCCUUGAGAUUGGAUUCUUAAUGAUAAGUCUGGGAGAUAGUGAAGGAAUCUGGGACUAGAGUAAUAUGUUUUAUUUGUAGAGCAGAAGGGCCCAAAGUUCCUCUGCUCCACCCCAAAUGCCCUUUGUUUCUAUCACAGGUACCUUUUUGUAACUGGUAUUCUUAGACACUGUUGUCUCCUACAUAUGCUGCUAUGUCUUUAAGUUUGUUUUUGAGGAACAAAUCUCCAAAAACAGAAGUUUGAAAACAAAUAAGAGAUUGAGUUUAUCUCAGCUGUAGAAUUAUGG